AUGAUAAUUUUACAACCUUUCUCAAACUACUUAUUUGUAUUUAAUAUCUAUCCGCUUGAGUAAAGGCCUAAUUUCAUUUAACAAACUAGUCAGGACCUAAUACAAUCAAUACGAUCAUUCAAGAAUCGCCUGUACUAUAAAUAGAUUUCUUAUAAGAGGUCUAAGUAAGUCACCUUGAUAUAUUAGAAGAGGAGUAUUCAAGCCUAAAAUAUAGGCAAUUUCUUUUUCUAUAGUACUUUUACAUCAACUUAUAGAGAAAAAAGUCUUAAAAUUAAUAAAUUUUCGGCGAAUUCAAAAGUUUAAUUGCAAGCCUUGGGAGGAGACUCUCAAAUAGUUUUCGGGAGACAGAAAUGACAAUUAAUAUGAUGUAAGAUUAUUCAAAUACGAAUUGAAGAAAAAGAAAUCAGGAGAAGAAUAGUAUGAUUUGAGCGAUGUUAUAAAGUUAUAGAUUUCUUUUCUUUUGAAGAUAUUCCAAAUCUCAUCGAAGUAGGAUGUUAUUCAAAUUCACCCUCAAGAAUUUUAUCUGUAAAAAACAUCAACUUUUAAAUUUGUAAUGUUUACUAAACAAUAUUUUAUACUAUGUUUUCAUUUACAGAGUUUCCUUUUGUAUAUAUAAUGA